AUGCAGACCACGGGCCCUGGCGCCAUGCAGGGCCAGAGCCAGGUGUGCUACCGAAACGCGCGGGAGACCUUCAAGCAAUUUGGCUCUGGGUCCUCCUGCGUGGCACAGGGCUGGAGCAUCGUGGAGGAUUCGGAGCAAUGCGCUCGGGCUGCCAACGCCUUGGGCAUCCAGUGUGCCGGCAAGGAGCCAAAUUCUCCAUGGUGCGAGAGUGAGCCUGCGCCAGACUCGAACCUCCCGGAAGGUUGUUAUGGAGAUGCCGAGCGUGGGCUGAGAUUUAACCCGUACGUGGAGCCGGAUUUCGAGUUGCAGGUGCAAAGUGUCCAAGAUGUUGGUUACGUCUGCGUGAAAGUGAUGGAGGGCGAGGAGUAUGAUGUUCCCCGUGUGUGUGCGGAAGGCCAAAUCCAAGCUGGGAGCACUUUCCUCUUCCAGAGGAAGUUCGGAAAGACCGAAGCAGCCGAGAUGUCCUGUGCGGCAGCGUGCUUCGCCAGUGGCGGGGUGGCUUUUGACGUCGUCUUCGCGAACACUCGUGACAGCUGUCGCUGCGUGGGUUCCGAGGGCGCGCAGCACCCGCAAGACGACCCGGGCAGAGGCAAGAAGCGGCGGUACUGUGCAAAGCCCGCCAAGGCAACUUGCGAAGCAGGAGAGGCGACCGUGGCUCCGGAAGACCUCCUCUUUGAAACGAGCUGGACUGAUGCGGAGGUCUGUGCUGGCGCUUGCCGGGCCGCUGCCUCCGCAGCUUCCGAGCCAAGCCUCCUGGCCUUCCAGGUCGAUUCAACGGCGAGCCAGAGCUCCUGCCAAUGUUUUCAUCAUCGGGCUCCGACCGUGAACCAUCACUCCACAAAACAGUUCUGCACCUUCGACGCGCCUCCCAAAGCUUCCCUCUUGCAAACGGAUGCUGAGACGGACGUGACGCUUCUUCAAACGGAGGAACCGCAAGGCAAUCCACAAGUCUGCUACGCGGGCCAGGCUGCCGGCCCCUACCUGCUUCAGAGGAACCUCAAUAAAGAGUCGCAGUGCGCGGAGGCAUGCUUCACAGCCGGGGGCGUGGCUUUCGACUACACCCUGACGCUGAAAUCCGACAGCUGCCGCUGCGUCGGCCCCGAGGGCGCCAGGAAUCCCUGGAGCAAUCCAGGCCGGGACAAGCGCCGCUUCUGCGCGCUCCCCCAGUCCGUCUCCUGUCGGCUCGGGGAAGUGCCGGAGUUUCCGGAGACGGUUCUCUUUUCUGGGAGAUUUGCCGAUGAGGCCGCCUGCGGCGCGUUCUGCUGGGCCGCCGGGGGCAUCGAUUCGCAGACCGGGCGAGUGCUCUUUGACUACACCACUCAAGUCCGAAAAGACAGCUGCCGCUGCGUGAUCCCGGGCCAAGAAGCACUGCCAAGACGGCCAGGAGGUGGCAGACGCAAGCUGUGCAGAUUCAACGAUGUGUUGUCGCCCUUCUGCGGUGCGCAUGGCUGCAGCGUCGGCCAUGACGGCGAUUGCCUGCAAUUCAACCGCGGCUCAGAUGUCUCGUUCCAGCCACGAUUCUACCUGCGGGCACCGGCGGGGAUCAGCAAGGACGGCACCUGCGCCUACUUUGGCGACCGAGUUGUCAUCGCUGCAUCUGCAGAUUCAGGUGAGACGGGCUGCGGCUGGUACGGGUGCAAGGUGGCCAACGUCACCGAGGAGGGUGAGAUGGUCUUCCAGGAGGGUGGCAAAAGCCCUACAGCCUUUUAUCUGCGCCCGGCCCUGGCAGAGUCAGGCUCGUACGACGACCCAUCCAGAGACUCCCCGCUGUGA